CUGCAUGGCCAUGAUGUACUGUGGCCACCCGUUGAACAGGUGUUGAAGGAUCCAAAGUAUGCUGAUUACAAAGUUGUUUUCACUGGUCAUUCGCUUGGAGGCGCCCUAGCUGCUUUAGCAGCUGCUCGUACCGCUAAAGAAGGUCUGAGGCCAGGCGAUAAAAUUACAAUUUACACCUUUGGCGAACCUCGAGUUGGAACCGCUCAAUUCGCUAUGAAUUUCGACGCGUUGAUUAAGGACAGGUAUCCGGAUUCUAUGGAACCAGGUUCGUACUAUAUCGAAUGCACUGGACAGCCGCGUGGCGAAGACUUUACUUGUUCGGAUAAGUUGAAGUUCUACCACGAUCAGUCAAAUAGCUACAUAUGGGACCAUCGGCAUUACUUUACUGUUCGACAUUUUGGUGAUACUGGUAAACAUGAGCUUACGAUAAAACGAGGAUAUUCAAUGUGCAGUUGCACUGCACUCAAAAACUCGUCCCACGAUUAG